AUGGAUCUCAGCACCGGAUGCAGUCACCAUGGAAACAGACCCUGUAACAUCCUCAGUAGGUGGGGUUGUCACCGUGGUGAUGACAAUCGGAACACGCUGGUCUUGAACGUGCUGUUGCUAGGCGGCUGUCAGAGUGGGAGAAGCUCUGUGGGGAAUGCUCUUAUUGGUGGACACGAAUUCCAAACAGGAAGCUGCGUCUCAGGUGUGACCACCGAGUGUCGCCUCCUCAGCCGAACUUUCCCGGAGUUUUUCAGAAGACAGGGGGCGGAGUCUGACCUGAUGCUGAGAAUUAUUGACACGCCUCCUCAACUGCCUCUCCCACAGCACGUGCACAAGCUCUGCCCCGAGGGUGUGCACGUGCUCGCCAUCGUCGUGAGAGCUGACCUGCCACGCGAAGACGUGCAUGUGCAGCAGCAUGCAGAGAGGCUCUUUGGGUCAGAAUGGCAUCAGCACGCCUUACUUAUCCUGACGCACGCCGACCACCUUAAAGAGGUGGGCCUUCAGCCUUCGGCUUACCUCUCCCAGAUUACCGGCUGGCUCCGAGAUCUGGCUGGGGAGGUGGGGGGCGGAGUCUUGUUCCUGGAUAACACCUGCGAUUGGCCGUCAAUCAGAGGGCGACCGCUCAGAGACCGAAUGCUCCACCUCUCAGCCAAGAACCAUCACAGAGCUCUAACAGUCAGGACAGAGAUCUCACUCUGA